CAGCGGUACGCUGACUGAGGAGAGGAAACCGGAGAAACCCGACUAACAACAAACAAUAUAACAACCGCAGCAUUCAUCCAUCCGUUUCCUGGCCAGAGCACUCACUGCUCGGUUAAAAACACGGAAGAAUUAACCUCCUGGCGCUCAGCGGCCGUUGUUCUCCUCUCCCCCCCUGAGUGCGCAGAGUGUUUUUCUAAUGUUAAUUUAAUUCACGUCUUUUGGCGGUUUGUUGUUGUCGUUUUCACUUUCACCUCCGCGUGUUCACGAUGACAAGCUACACGGCGUUUCACUCCCAGCUGUCGUCCAUCAUGGAGGCUCUGAGCAGAGCGGCGGUGGCGGAGAUCUGCGAGCUGGUGGACGACAGCUACGCCGUGUUACGGGUGGAGAUAACGCGCAGCCACCGGGAGAAAGAGGCGCUGCGGAGGAAGCUGGAGCUGGUCGAGAACGUGCUCGCCCGGGGGGGACACAGAGGGGGGAACCACGCGAUGCUGGAGGCAGCCGGCGAGGGGUUUGUGGAUUUUACUGUCGAACAUGCGUUACCAGCUGCAGUGGGGGCCAAACAGCAAAAAGGAAAUGUCAAAAGCAGUGGGAGGGUCCCUGCGUUGGAGGCUACGACAGAGCUGACGUCUUCAACCAACCAGGAUCCUUUGACGGGAGCUGCAGAGGAGCCGAAUGAUCCAGAUGUUGUUUUGAUAAAGGAAGAAACCGUAAAAGAAGAGGCGAACGCCAGCUACGCCACAGACGAGCUGCUUCUCAACCAGGACGGAACGGAGGUGCGGCUGCCAGAUCCCGACGACGGUGAAGAAGGCCCCUCUGGGACGCUGACCCCGGCCUCGGCGGCCGUCCUGAGGCUGUGGGAUCAGAGCAGCGACGGGCCGGCAGAGCGCCAAGAAUCCCACAGUGCACCGGGCUCUCCGGGCGCCUCGGGGCACGCCGACAGCCGCUCUCCAGACGCCGUGUUCGACUUGGUCUUGGAGUCGGACUGUGAGGCUCCGCCUGUGGCCCAGACGAGGACGCCCGCCUCCCUCGGGUCUGGAGGAAGCCUCGCCGCCCCGCUGCCUGCUGGGACGUCCGAGCUGAAGCGGGGCCCGUCUCUGAUCAGCUCCCUCCGCUACAACACAGAGCCGGACCCAUGCUCCUCGUGGACCAAUCAGAGCCUGCCGAGCAUGGCGCCCGCCCCUCACCGGACCGCGCUGCUGGACAACGUGUCAGAAAUGAGCGUUUCGGGUUUCCCCUUGGCGCUCGGUCUCGGCGGAUACAGGUUCUGCAGCGACCGGCGCUUUGUCUGCAGCUACUGCGGGAAGUGCUUCACCUCUUCCCGGAGCCUGGAGACGCACGUGCGCGUCCACACGGGCGAGCGGCCGUACAGCUGCGCCCAGUGCGGGAAGCGCUUCACGCAGUCAGGACAUCUGAAGACGCACCAGAGCGUCCACACCGGGGAGCGGCCGUUCGCCUGCGAGCACUGCGGGAAGAGGUUCGCCGGGAAGCAGAACCUGAGGAUCCAUCAGCAGAAACACCACGUGGCCGAGCAGAGCGCCGUUCACGUUUAACACAAACACUGAAACACGUGCACUGAUGCUACUGUACGCCAAACUGGGAUCGACCACAACCUCACUACUGUUACUGGAAUCAUUUAAUGGGUAACUUCAGUAUUUUUCAACCUAUGUUCCUAUGUUUUUGUGUCUAAGUGACUGAUGGGAACAACAAUCUUUGACAUUGGUCCAGUAUUAAGCGAGAGCUCUGCAGUUGGGAUAUAGAUUUGUUCAGCAUCAGUCAGCGUCCACUAAAAGUUCUGUUUUUGCUGCUGACAGACUCAGAUUAUUAUUCUAAGGGUCUGAC